UCACUUUGUCUCUUUCGAUAUACUGACUGGUCUGCAGUUGUUUGCUGUCUGCACGUGUAAGGGUGUAUCGGUCAGAGCUCCAAAGACAUCUAAAAUUAAGUUAAUUCAAGGUUAAAGUAACUUAGACACUGAUCAGAAGAUCAUGGGCUCUCAAGAUCAUUCACCAGGGAACACAACAGCAAACCCGGACACAGACUACCUCAGCCUACAAAACAGGACAUCUGACGUGACCAGCCCUAUAACAUGGCAACUGAGAAGCAACAUUGGACCCAGGCCAGACUGGUUGUUGUACACUCUCCCUGGUCUUGCUUUUCUAAUAGGAAUUGUUUUGUUUCUUUUGGUCGUCAAAACCCACAAGAGAAGGACAGGUGGAUAUCACCACAGGGGCAUGAAAGGAUGUUCUUCUGUUAAGCAAACAAAAAAUGAUGAUAUGGGACAUACUUAUUUGACCAAAGCUGAUACCCAGUCAUAUGAAAAUGUACUGGCAGCUAUUUAUAGCAACCAGGAGGGAGUGUGUUUCUAUGUACAAGAAGAUGAUGACUAUGUUAUCCCUGAUGGUGAAGAUGAUGCAGCAGAGAUGUUUGCUCAGAAUCCAAAUUCUCUCAAUCUACCAGACACUCUCACAGAAGGAGAAUCUUAUGAGAACAUGGAAGGACUAUAUGCUCAACCUCGCAAAAGACAAAACAAUGGCCUGGAGGAGGAUGAUGAUUACCUGGAUCCUGAUGCAGAGAAACAGCAGUGGCAGGGAAGACUACAUUCACAGGAACAGACUGACACUGAUUCAUAUGAAAACAUGGACCAACAUUUUGCAGUUCAUCAAGAAGACAGUGAUGAUUACAUAAAUCCUGACACAGAUCAGGGGCAUUGUUCCGGACUGAUGAGCUACCCUCAGGACAGCGGGGAUUACUACACUGAAAAUUCCUAUAUGACCACGGAAGACAAUCUUAUGGCACCCAUAGAGGAUUGAGAGUGGGAUUAAAGGUAUUGCAGAGGUCAGCAUUCUAUCCAUGGUGAUGAAUUGAGGGGAGAUCUGUUCCAGUGGAGCCUCAGAAUGAGACAGAAUAAGAAUAACAGUUAUCAACAGAAGGACUCAGAUUUGAAUUGCAUGGUUUACUGCUUAUAAGCAAUUCAGGAGUUGCAUUUAAAAAAAUAAAAAUGUGUGAGAAACAGGAAA